AUGUUGAGACAAUUGGCCACCAGAAACGCUACCAAGUCCGUCAGAGCUUUCUCUAUCUCUAGAAGAGCCAUGGUGGAGGGCCCAAGCAGAACCGACUCGUUCAAGGACAGGGAGAACGCCCAGGAGGGUGCCUACAUUAAGAAGCACGAGGCUGAACAAUUGAAGAAGUUGAAGGAGAGAUUGGAAGAGCAGAAGAAGGUUGUCGACAAGCUCGAGAAGGACCUCAAGAACUUCAAGAACUAA